AUGGGAAAAAUUACAGACUUACUGGUGUAUGUUGAUGAUAUCAUAGUCACCAGGAAUGAUACUAUAGAACAAGAUUUGUUGCAAAGGUACCUUUCACAGGAAUUUGAAAUAAAAGAACUUGGGAGGCUAAAAUACUUCUUGGGAAUAGAAGUUGCUUGUUCUAAAGAUGGAAUAUUUCUAUCUCAAAGAAAGUAUGUUCUUGACCUUCUUAAACAUACUAGAAAGCUCAGUAAAGUUGCAAGUACACCCAUUGAUCAGAAUCACAGAAUCGGUGCCAAUAAGAGAGGAGAUGAUGUCAAUAAAGGAGGGUACCAGGGACUUGUCGAGGGAUUAUAUUUAGAAAAGGAAGUAAUCAAAUUCAGUCUUGAGGCUUCCACAGAUGCAGACUAUGCUAGUUUUGUUGUCGAUAAAAGGUCAACCUCAGGAUAUUUUUGUUUUUUAGGAGGAAAUUUAGGCUCCAUUUGUUUAGCGGAAAAUGAUUUCCACAUUUUCAAAUAUUUGCUUGAAAGAAAACUGAUUGACCAAUGGAAAAUGACUUACUGA